AUGAUUUAUCUCCUUUCAUUACUCUAAAUAACAAAUUUCUGAAAAAAAUUAUAGAACAAAUAAGUGUUAAUGGAUUCUAUGAUAAAUAAACUCAAGGACCUAAAUCAUCUGGACGAUGAAGAAGAUAGUGAGACAAAAGCUGACUGUCUAAAGGAUAAGAAAAAACCUGAUGCCAAACUAUCCAAUCUAGAUAAACUAUUUAAUGAACUUAACCUAAAUGAUGUAAGGGAAGACUUCUUACUCAAGCGAAUGAAGGUGGAGACUAGCAAUUCCAAUAACUAUCCUUAUAAGGAUUACUUUAACAACAGUGCCACCGAUAUACCUUGGGAUAAGGUGAGAGAGACAGGGGAUCCAAUGGGUCCCGAUUUUGAAAUUGAUUUUGAAAAUGUAUUCGAGGACGUAAGCAAACUGACCGAAGUGGAAAAGCAACUGCAGUUACUCUACAGACCGUUCAUCUGUCAAAUGGACCUCAAUUGCCGGUUCAAUAUGUACGAACUGUGCCUUCUGAUGGCCGAUUCCCGUUACGAUCCGGCUAGUCAUCCAACUGUGUCUGUGAAGGUAACUCAUCCCAGUGCCCAGGUGAAGAUCCAUGCGGCUGGCAAGAUUGUGGCCACUGCCUUAAACUCGGAUUCGGCCAGGAUUGCCCUGUUCAAGGUGAUCAGAGUUCUGCAGGAUCUGGACUACAAACCUGAUAUUAAGAACUUUGGCAAGAGCAUCGUGAAUGCCUCCUUCAGCAUGCCCUUUAAACUCGAUUUGGAGCUGAUGAGUCGCCUCCAUGCAGAGGAGGUCACCUACAAUUGGAGCAAGCGACCUUUUAUCACCUACACUGACGAAAAAGAAGGUGUAAGAUUUGCAGUUUUUCCCACGGGAUUUGUAUUGGUUCUUCACUCCAACGGGCACAGUGAGACCCGUGAGGCCAUAUCUGCAUUUCUGCCUAUUCUGGCUAAAUUCAAGAAUGGCUAUCCCACGGAUGCGGAAAAGGAGGGAAAACUGGUAGGUGAUCUGUCCUAUAAAUUGUUGUGGGAAAAGAGAUUAGAGGAGGACAAAGAGGGUUUGCUGCUCUACUGUUGAAGAAUUUUUUAUUUGUUUAAAUAAUCUUGUUAAAAGAAGCGUGAAAUAA